CUACAGGUAGAGUGCACGUUACGAGCGAGAUGGCGGAGAGCGAGGUAGAUUUCGUCUUCAAGAAGAAACCUGACAGGUCGCAGGAUGAAGAGAAUAAAGUGGAAAACCGAGAGCCAACGCCACCCGCAGCACUCAACUUCGACCAACGCGAUUGGUACUACGACUUAUCGGGGGACAAGAUUAUGAUCAUCUUCAACCAUAACACCUAUAAGAGGACACGAUAUUUCAGGGACAAGAAACCAACGUCGCGUACGGGCACGUUGCGCGAUGUGCGUUCCCUGACGGAAACCUUCUCCAAACUGGGCUUUCAAGUCACUCCUCACCAUGAUAAGACGCACGAUCAGAUCCUGACGAUACUCGGCGAGUUGUGUGCGCAACCACAUACCAACACGUCGUGCGUAUGUGUGUGCGUGCUUACGCACGGCGAGAGCGGGGGGGAGUUGUUCGCGCACGACCGCCCGUACGAAAUGAGCGAUCUACUGAACAAGCUGCAAUACAACGCGCUCGGCCUGGUAGGCAAGCCGAAGCUAGUCAUCGUGCAGGCUUGCCGCGGAGGUAUGGUGGACGCGGGGCAGGUCGUGCAGCUGGACGGUUCCGGGGAUCCCGCGCGGCUACCUUCCCAUGUGGACACACUCGUGCUCACCUCCUCAGUAGAAGAUUACGUGUCUUGGCGGGACUAUUACGGGUCGUGGCUGAUCCAGGAGCUGUGCCGCGUGGUGAACGCCACCUACCGACACCUAGAUGUAGUACAGAUGGCUGCCCUCGUCACUUCGCUCGUCGCACGCGAACGCGAGUCCAACACGCCGAGCAACCUGACGACUCACAGAAUGAAGCAGACUCCCGAAUUACGCUCAACCCUUACUAAAUUACUCCGUUUCGAUGUUGGUUUCAACUUGUAGCAUUGUGCAGUGCCGAAAUUACAAUCCAGUGUCAGUGUUACUUAUUGAAUACUAGCUUCUGCCAGGGGCGUAGCUAGAGGAUAUGGCGCCCGGGGCAGUCACCAAAUUUGCGCCCCUUGACGACUGACAAAAGUUUCCCUGCUGCUGCCUUUUGCCCAUUUUGGCGCCGCCCCUUGGAUGGCGCCCGGGGCACUUGCCCCCCGUCCCCUAGUUACGCCACUGGCUUCUGCCCGGAAUUAUAUGAUGAUGAUUGAUUUGAUACCCUAUGUCCUUCCCCGGGCCUCAAACUAACUCCAUAAAAAAUUUCAUCUCAAUCGGUUCAGCGGUAUGAAGAGACACAAAGAGUUACUUAUUAGCGACACUUGCACCAUCCCCCUAACCCGGGGUUAACCGGUUAAACCGUUAACCCAGUGUCAAAUUGUACUGGUAAUCAUGGUAACUCCAGGUUAAACCGGAUAACCCCGGGUUCGUGGGAUGGUGACAGUGGCCCUUACUCAUUUAUAUUUUUAGUACCUAUAGAUAGAACAAUAAUAUUACAGUGGGAUUGGCUUGUAAAUAAAAACUACGA